AGAGUAUAAAAACGAGCACCAGAGACUCUCUGCCUCUUUUUGCAUUCAUCACAGCAAUACGACUACAUUGGGAAAUGGCCACUACAGGAAAGGUGAUUAAAUGUCGGGCUGCUGUUGCCUGGGAGCCCAAUGUGCCUCUGAUGAUGGAGGAAAUAGAAGUCGCCCCACCUCAGGAAGGAGAAAUACGCAUUAAGGUUGUAGCCACAGGUGUUUGUCACACCGACCUUUACCACCUGUUUGAAGGGAAGGACAAGCGGGGUUUUCCCACUGUCCUGGGACAUGAGGGCGCUGGUGUGGUGGAGAGUGUGGGACCUGGAGUCACUGAUUUCAAACCAGGUGAUAAGGUCAUUCCACUCUUCCUCUCUCAGUGUGGAGAAUGCAAGUUCUGCAAGUGUCCAAAAACAAACCUGUGUGACUGCAGCUGGUCAAGUAAAUAUUAUGACAUUAUGUCUGAUCCUACAACACGCUUCACUUGCCGUGGUCAGCCCGUUCUGCAGUUCAUGGGCACCAGUACCUUCUCUGAGUACACCGUCAUCAACCAGAUUGCUGUGGCCAAGAUUCAGGAUGAUGCCCCACUCGACCGCGUGUGUCUGCUCGGCUGCGGCAUCUCUACCGGUUAUGGAGCUGCUGUCAACACAGCUGGGGUCACACCAGGCUCAGUGUGUGCAGUGUUUGGACUGGGUGCAGUAGGUCUGGCUGCAGUCAUGGGCUGUAAAAACGCCGGAGCCUCCCGUAUCUUUGCUGUGGAUAUUAAUGAGCAGAAGUUUGAGAAGGCAAAGGUCUUCGGUGCCACUGAUUUUCUGAAUCCAAAGGCAUAUAAUAAACCCAUCUCUGAAGUACUGGCAGAACUUACCAAUGGAGGAGUGGAUUUCUCACUCGAGUGUGUGGGCAACACUGAAGUAUCGAGAGCUGCGCUGGCGUACUUGACCUAA